GAGGAGGAAUCCAUUUCAUCUCCCCUGCGAAAUAUAUUGAAAAUGUCGGACCUGAAAAUCGUAAUAGAAAACAAAGACACUCGAUUUCAUUCGCAUCCCGCGUUGGGCGCCGUUUUUUGACGCGCCACCUCACGCGCCGUCGAAUUCCAUCCGUUCUUCAAAAGCUAGAACUAAAAAGCUUUAUCAAUCAAAAAGCCUGUCCAGAUGAUGGAAUCGCCGAACGGUUCUACAGGAGAAGAGAACUUGACGAAGAAAUCGGAUGCAUCGGAUCGCGAUCACUCCCUGAUUCAUGUGAAGCUGGCUCAGGAUCCGGAUCCGAGCCCGAAAACCCAUCCGGUUUCCCUUGAAAGGGACAAUGCUGAGAUAACUGAUGACCAUUCUUCGUCAACAACAACACCGGGAACUUAUUCGCCGUCGCCGACGGCUAUCCGAUCGAAGAAAUCGGUUCGGUGGAGUCAUGAUUUGGUGGAGGAGAGGACGUUGCCACCGUUGGAGAAGAGUGAUGACGAUUACGAUUCAUCUAAUCCUUAUGUUAAUCGUUCUCAGGGAUCAUCCAAUUCUCCAGCAUUCAACAUCAACAAUUCUAUGGACAAUAUUAAAGGUGCUCUUGGUAGAUGGAGAAAGAAGGUCGGAGAAGCUACAAAAAAAGCAGAGGAUCUCGCCGGCAAUACUUGGCAACAUUUGAAAACGGCUCCUAGUCUUACAGAUGCUGCAUUAGGAAGAAUAGCACAGGGAACUAAAGUUCUAGCAGAAGGAGGCUAUGAAAAGAUAUUCAGACAAACAUUCGAUACAGUUCCAGAAGAGAUUCUUCAAAAUUCAUAUGCUUGCUACUUGUCCACGUCAGCAGGCCCUGUCAUGGGUGUCUUAUAUGUAUCCACUGCAAAACUUGCAUUCUGUAGUGACAACCCAUUGUCAUAUAAAUCCAAUGACAAAACCGAAUGGAGCUAUUAUAAGGUGAUAAUACCAUUACAGCAGUUAAAGGAAGUGAAUCCAUCAUCAAGUAGGGCAAAUUCAUCUGAGAAAUAUAUUCAGGUGAUAUCAGUGGAUAGUCAUGAGUUUUGGUACAUGGGGUUUUUAAAUUAUGAUGGAGCUGUUAAGUGCCUACAGGAUGCCAUACAGACACGUGGCAGAAUUUCAGUGUGAUGGGGUGAAAAUUCAAGAUUCAAGAUUCAAUUCAGUGUGUUAUCAUGUUAUGAUGUUAAUGGCUUGAAAAAGGUCUUAAUGGGGAAAGAAUUUUGGGGGAUGUGAUUGUUGUGAAAAACAAAGUAUUUAUGAAGGUGCAAAAAUGGUGCACAGGUGGUGUAUUUGGACAUGGGUUUUUUUUUUGUACACGUAUACACGUUUUUGGUCCAAUAGGGUUGUAAUUUAAUAAUUUUUAAUUCAUGGGUAAGUUGUAAACUUGUAUUUGAAUUUGAGAAAUAUUUUGUUUUUUUUCUUUGUUUCUAGGUUUUUGGGUUUAUGUUUGUGUUUGGUAAUUGAAACACCAAAGUUUGGUUUA